CAUAACUUUGUUUUGAUUCUCUUCCGCAAAGCAGCACACUUUUUGGUGCAGAAGAUUCCACCAGUUUUCCGGCAUUUCCUUCGCGUUUUCCGUAAAUAAAAUGGUUUUUACGACGGUAGUCAACCUGGUUCGUGCACGAGGACCGGAUGAGUUCUGGAGGAAGCGCAAAAUCUUCAAAUUGGCCGCGCAUUAUAUGGGUCGUCCACGGAACUGCUACUCGAUAACGAUCCGUAGCGUUCACCGGGCUUUGGCCUACGCCACCAAGGGACGGGAGCUGAAGAAGCAAGAUAUGCGGGAGUUGUGGACCCAGCGGAUCAAUGCCGGUUGCGAGCAGCAUGGAAUGCAGUUCGCCGCCUUCCAGGAUGGACUGCAUAGGAAUGAAGUAUUGUUGAACAAGAAAGUUUUGGCUGAUCUUGCUGUUUGGGAGCCUAGGACUUUUGAAGCCUUGGCACUCAUUAGUCAACAAGUUCCAGAGGAUGAUGAAGGAUCUUCGUCUAACAAAUAGGUAAGAUAUUGUUAUUUAGCGGCGGAAAUUUAUUUAAUAAACUAAAAAAAUAAACUUAA